AUGGUAUGCAAGCACAGUCAUCAGUCUGAGUUCCUUACGGCAGUUGAAGCACCAGCAGAGUUUUGUUCAAAUAUAGUCAUAAUUGCUCUCCAAGCUGAACUGCAUCCAAAAAAGAUAGAUCUGAAGCAAUAUGGUCACUUAACUGAUGCAAUUGGAAGAAUAAAUUUAACAUCUCAUAAAUCUGGAGCUACUCUUCCUAAGGUUGGUUUAGUUCAUGCUCCUUUGGCUACUCCUGAAAGCAUGGAUCUUGGCAAUGAAUAUGCUCAAGUUAAGGAUGCAGUUCACCUUUUCUCAGCAGAUAGAAAUGAUUAUGAGUAUGCUGUUGUUCAUAAUGCUUUACCUGACAGCAAGCCUCACCGAAUAAGAUCAUUAACUCGAAAACAUGGCAAUCGAGAAACUUUUGAUCGUGGCUCUGAUUCAGAAAGUGAGUGGAGUUCACUGGAACGUAGACAAAGAGAGGUCUAUACUAAAGCAAAUCGUAAACCCACCCCUCACAAGAAAACACGUAAAAAGCGUGGCAUACCUGUUGCUCCUCCUCGGAUCCCUUCAUUUGAGGGACCACUGCCUCCAGUCCCGUCAUUUCCUGGGGGUCAGAGGAUUGUGACUGCUCAAUCUCUUGAUCCACUUGAUAAAGUUCGUGGAAGUGGAAACAAUUCUUCAGAGGGCAGUGAUUUAUCUGAAGAGGAAGAUCCUCGUUAUAAAACUUCUCACCGUCUGAAAUACAAACACAAGCGUUCCUUUCGUUUGAGACGUAGAAAACAGCAAGGUCAACCACACCAGCAACAACAGCCACAACAAUCGGAAAAGUCACAACCUCAUCCUCCUCCUUUAGGAGAUUCACUUCAAUUUAGUGCACUUACUUCUGAUAAUGAUCUCUUCUCUCCUUCAUCAAAGUUAAAGUUAGAACAAUCUCUAACUUCUGUUCCUCCUCAUGAAGAUGAUUCAAGUUAUGAAGUAGCUUCACCUAGAGAUAAUACUACUACUUCUAGGGGAAAAACAGAGAAUGAUAAAACAGCAAAAAAGAAAGAAGAACGUAAAAAGAAUCGAGAAGAUGAAAAACAAGAGAAGCGGAGACUAAAAGAAGAAGAACGAUUAAAAAGGUUAACUGAGAAAAAGAAAAAGAAAGCAGCUCAGGGAAAAAGUGGUACUAUAACUCAACAGUUACAAGGUAUUGAAGACUUCAUGCAGUCUGAAGACAAUCCUACUCCAUUAUUUGUAGAGAAAUGUAUAAAAUUUAUUGAAGAAGAAGGAUUAGAUUCUGAAGGAAUUUAUAGAGUACCAGGAAACCGGGCUCACGUAGAUCUACUUUUUCAAAAGUUUGAUGAAGAUUCAUCAAUUUCCAUUAGAGAAUUGGAUAUUCCUGUUAAUGCUGUUGCAACAGCUUUAAAAGAUUUCUUUUCAAAAAGACUUCCUCCUCUCAUUCCACCAUGCCUAAUGAAUGAAUUAACAGAAAUAUCAGGUGCAUCAUAUUCUUCUUCUGGCAUUCAAGAUAAAAGUUGUAGGCUUUUUACAUUGAGGGAUCUCUUGAAAAAGCUCCCAACCUGUAAUUUUGAAGUUUUAAAAUUUGUCUUUCAGCAUUUUGUUAAAGUUGCAGACAAUUGUCGAUUAAAUAGCAUGGACAGUAAAAAUUUAGCCAUUUGUUGGUGGCCAACUCUGCUUCCUUUAGAAUUCAGUGAUAUGAUGAUGUUUGAAAGAAUGAGGCCACAUUUAGAAGAUUCUGUACAAACUAUGAUUGAUCAAUUCAGAUUUCUUUUUUGUGGAGAAGAAGAAGUUGUAAUGGUGUGAUUAGACAUUUAACAAAAGGGUUCUUAAUUUCAUGGCAAUUUUAAUUGCAACUUACAGCUCUAGGAGAUCUGUUGGAAUGCUGCUGUGCUGUCGGAAAGUUUUAAAGAAUGCUAUAGGUGGCAGAACCUGCCAAAUAUUUCAAUGGCUAUUGCUAUAGAGCAACCAGCAAAAAUUGUAUGCCUAUUUACUUUUACACGAAGCCCAUAGUCCUUUCACCUCAGUGAAGAAGCCAUAUCAGUGGUUUAAUCAUUUUAUGUGCUUUAAAUGACUGACAGCUCACCUAAUAUUAUUUAAUCAUUGCCUCCUGGUAAGCCAUUUACUCAUGUAUGUAGAUGACUCAAGUAUCUAGAAUUCUCUAGUGUUACAUAACGAGUAUGAAUGUGACAUUAUGGAGUGUUAAAAAAGUGAAUUUUUUAUGUUUUUUGUCAUGUCUCUCCAGAUCACAAUAUUUUUAUUUACAAUUAAUACAGUGCCAUUGGACAUUUUUGUGAGCUGCAUAGAAGAAAACGUAAGGCUGUGUUUUUGCUAUUGUAUUGAUACCAUCUGCACUGCUAUGAUUUUUCGUAGCUCAUUGUAUUCAGAUCUAAGUGUCACCGAGAUUAGUUCAUUCCUGAAAACGAUCUUGUUAUUUUCAUGGUAUGCAAGCACAGUCAUCAGUCUGAGUUCCUUACGGCAGUUGAAGCACCAGCAGAGUUUUGUUCAAAUAUAGUCAUAAUUGCUCUCCAAGCUGAACUGCAUGUAUGGCAGAGCAGCAUCACACUUUAAAAGUGGAGUGCGUUUUCUGUACAUUUGAUUGAAUUAUGUAAAUUUCGUUUUUGUACAAAGAUUCCAAAAAAAAAACAACAAAAAAACUGCGCACUAUCCUUUUUACAGCUUCCUACUUUGUUUUUUGUGUAUGUGAUAUUGUCCUUGAAAUGAUAUAUGUGGUAAAUGAGUUUAGGGUAUCUUGUUGUACAGAAAGGCUGCUGUUUGGUGAUGUGUACAGAGAAGCCAACAAAUGAAUGUUUGAUACCCUUGGUUCCUGAAUUUAGCACAAUUCUUAAUUUAAUACCAAAAUUUUUGCUAUUAAACAUGCAUUUUUGUAAUAGCGACAUAUCGGAGUGUAUGUAUUUAUAGUUUAAAACAAUAAUCAUUUAAAAAAUGGAUUAAAAAUUGUUUUAUGAAUAAACAAAAACUUUUCACUAGUCAUCAAACUUCUAUUGAAAUGUGUAUGAAUCUCAUGUAUAACAAGUUUUGUAAAAUUCGUUUUCAGAGAUCUAAAUUAUUUAUAAGUAUAUUUUGCAAAGGGAUUUGUUUUUAUAUCCCUUUUCCAAAUGCUACAUUAUCAGAAAAUUCAAAUUCAAUUGAUUCUGUCUUUUGACUUCUGAAAAGCAUAAGCUAUAAUUUAGUGAUCAUUGAGUUGCCUUACCCUGUGUAGUUGUUAGCUGUUAAACAACUACAAAAUCUAUACAUACAUAUAUAUGUAUAUAUAUGAAGGCAUGUGUAGGCUUAUUUGAAAAGUUUUUCUGAAGUUUUAUGCUUUUUUUAAAUAGUAGAAAUGCAUUAUUUUUAACACUUAUCAAAGUUUUCUAUUUAUAACUCCAAGGAAAUGUUUCAAUUUGAAAAAUUCAUUUUUUAAAUGACUUUUACAUGAAAUGAAUAGUCUUUUGUAAAAAAAAAAGUAUAGCUUUUAAUUCAUAAUUUUACUUAAGUAUUUUAAAAUAACAAUUUCCGUAUGUAUAACAAUGUUCAUAUUCAUUUUUUUCCUUAUGAAUUUUUUUUCUAAUGAGUUGAAAGUGUCAAUAUUAAUUUGUUGAUUCAAAAUGCAAAACCUGAUUUUUAAAAGAGAAAAAAAAUAUUUAGGCAUGUGAUAAAUUCAGUAAUUGUUCUGUUGGACAGAAAACUUGAAUUUGCUUUAUAUUUAAGUUGUCUUGUAGUAAUACACAUGUGUCAAUUGUGGUGCAUUUUACAGCUUUAUUAGGCUGCUGUAACCAAGAAAAUGUCCCUUUUAACUGUGAAAUUGAUUAUAUUGAUUGUUAUGUACUGUGUUUAAUAAUUUUUGAAGUUGACUUUAUCAUUGGUAAAACAAUAUUCUCCAAAAUAUCAAAGUUUAAUCUCUAUUUCCAAAAUUUAAUUAUAAUGCAUGUAGGGACAUAGCAACUCUUUCCUUGUUUGAAAGAUGAGUGUUUUAAUAUUCAAAUCCUUACAUAAGGGAAACUGUGUUAUGGAAGAUCAAAUCUAGUCAUUCAUAAUGUUAUAAAGCAAUUGUUCAUAGAAAAUUUGUGUUAUUUGUGGAAUAUGAUUUGCAAAAUAGGAAUAGCACCAAUAUCUGAAAAUAAAUUUUUUACUUUA